UAAAUAGCACGGAUAAGCUGAAUAACACGUCAUCACAGAUAAGGACCUUGGAUCAUGUUCUUUUCUCUCUCACACACAAUACCGAAACACACACUACUACUCUCUAUCUAUCUUGGCCUAUAUAUCUCGAAUCUAAAGGAUGCCAUUUCUUCUCCAUUAUUGACCUUUUCUAUCACAAAACGCAUCAGAUUAUUUAAUCCAUUUCGUUGUAUUCAACUAUUGCAAACGGAUUCUUUUAUUAAUAUUCAAAUCAAAUAUCUUUGAACGCUGUUUGAACGUUUCUGAUCCACAAUUUCACGUAUAUAAAUCAAUCUGUAGAAACUGAUUUCGAUAUCUGGUAUCGAAAACUUUUAAUUUGUUUUUAAGAAGAAGAAGAAGAAGAAGAAGAAGAAAAUCAUGGCGAGUGCUGCUGGAAUGAUCUAUAGCUGUGUUUCAUCAUCGACCUCUUCAUCGUCGUCGUGGGGGAAAUUGAGAAAUUCGCAUAACAAGAAGUCGGCGAGAGGAAGUGGUGGCGGUGAUCGGAGGUUUAGGGUUCGAUGUGUGUCGACAAGUCCUUUAGCUUCUGAUCCGUAUAAAACUUUAAGUGUUCGUCCUGGUGCUUCUGAAUCUGAGGUCAAAAAGGCUUUUAGACAGCUAGCUUUGAAGUAUCACCCAGAUGUGUGCAGAGGAAGCAAUUGCGGAGUCCAGUUUCACCGAAUCAACGAAGCUUACAAUGUUGUGAUGAGUCAUUUGAGAGAUGAAACAAGUGUACCAGAAAUGGAGUAUUAUGGAUCGUCGGAUGCAGGGAUCGAUGAAUCGAUGAGAGGAAUGGAGGAUUCUGAUUGGGAUAUGUGGGAAGAGUGGAUGGGUUGGGAAGGAAUUGAAGAUCCCUGGAUUUCUACUUUCUAA